ACUGGAGGCGGAUAACACGUUUAACAUGCAAACAAAGAAGACUCGCUGCUGGAGAAUAGCGGAAACUGCUGUCCUCUGUAGUCUGGACUGAGAAAUGGCGGCGUCCGUAUGCCGAGUCGGGAGCACCGUGGGUCGUGUACUAGCCAAAGCCCGUAGUCCCAUCCUGCUUUCUCUGAGGCGUGGACAAGCCUCAAUCAGCUAUGCCCAAAGUCUGGUGGGAGCCCCUGAAACUCGUCUGACUGCCCUGGAUAAUGGCCUGAGGGUCGCGUCUGAAGAGACGGGACAUGCAACAUGCACUGUCGGACUGUGGAUCAGUGCUGGCAGUCGCUAUGAGAGCGAAAGGAACAACGGGGCAGGCUUUUUCCUAGAGCACAUGGCUUUUAAGGGAACCAAGAAGCAUCCUCAGGCAGCCUUGGAGCAGGAGGUGGAGACUAUGGGUGCCCACUUGAGUGCCUACACCUCCCGGGAGCACACUGCGUACUACAUGAAGACCUUGGCUAAAGACCUGCCUAAAGCUGUGGAGCUGCUGUCAGAGGUGGUGCAGAGCUGCUCGCUCACUGAGGCGGAGAUCGAGCAGCAGCGGGGCAUUGUGCUACGUGAACUGGAGGAAGUAGAAGGCAACCUGCAGGAAGUUUGUCUGGACCUGCUGCAUGCCACAGCCUUUCAGGGUACCCCUCUGGGUCAAAGUGUGCUGGGACCAUCCAACAAUGCCAGAACCUUUACUCGUCAGGACUUGGUGGAUUACAUCAACAGUCACUACAAGGCCCCACGCAUGGUUCUGUCAGCUGCUGGAGGUGUUAAUCACGAGGAGCUGGUUGGCUUGGCCAAAACUCACUUCAGUGGCGUGUCCUUUGAGUAUGAGGGAGAUGCUGUUCCUGUGUUGUCACCCUGCAGGUUUACAGGAAGUGAGAUCCGCAUGCGUGAUGACGCACUUCCUCUGGCACACGUCGCCAUCGCUGUGGAGGGGGCCGGUGCUGCCAGCCCAGAUAUUGUGCCUCUCAUGGUGGCUAACGCAAUCAUUGGAAGCUAUGACCUCACCUAUGGUGGUGGAAAGCAUCUGAGCAGCCGCCUGGCCCGCUUGGCAGUGGAGGAGAACUUGUGUCACAGCUUCCAGGCCUUCCACUCGUCUUACAGCGACACCGGCUUGCUGGGAAUUUACUUUGUGACGGAUAAGCACCACAUUGAUGAUAUGAUGCACUGGUCCCAGAACGCUUGGAUGAACCUGUGCACUACAGCCACUGAGAGUGAUGUAGCAAGAGGCAAGAAUGCUCUGAAGGCCAGCCUGGUAGGACAGCUCAACGGAACAACACCAAUUUGUGAUGACAUUGGCAGGCACAUUCUGAACUACGGACGCCGUAUUCCUCUGGCUGAGUGGGACGCAAGGAUUGAUGCCGUGACCCCCAGGAUGGUACGCGAUGUGUGCUCCAAGUACAUCUACGACAAGUGUCCUGCUGUGGCUGCUGUCGGCCCCGUUGAGCAGCUUCCUGACUACAACAGAAUGCGCAGUGCCAUGUACUGGCUGAGGUUUUAACUGUCAUUGUGAUGUUGCUUCAUUUUUGCUCCUCAACGUCACACCACGUUGUUCCUGCAAGGGGAUUGUCCACCCGCGCUCUCUCUCUCUCUCUCUCUCUCUCUCUCUCUCUCUCUCUCUCUCUCUCUCUCUCUCUCUCUCUCUCUCUCUCUCUCUCUCUCUCUCUCUCUCUCUCUCUCUCUCUCUCUCUCUCUCUCUCUCAAACCCUGGUAGCUGACAGUAAGAAAUCAUAUCAUGAAUUGGUCAGCUCACUCAUCUGGUACAGGUGUGGUGUGGGAUGGGGUGUGGACUUACUGUAAACAGGACUCAGUACAUCCUAAAUACAACCAGUGUGGAGCAACGGCAUAUUUAUAAUUUCUGUAAGAUUUGUUUCUGUCCUAUUGUACAUAACAGAAGCUCUCAUUCUGAUGAAAAUAAAAACAAAAACUGCACACCU